AUGGCCCCGGUCAAAUAUACUCCUCCUCCUACGCCAUCACCUCCCGCAUCUUGUUACGCCAUGAGUGACGACGAAGAAGAUGAAUACAAUACCAUCGCCCAGGCAGCCUCGAGUAGAGGGGUGAAACUGCUCUUCUCUAAAAGCAAAGUCUACGUUCAUCCAACUUCCUCCUCCAAAGAUAAUAUCCCUGGCUUUAUCGCCCUCAUCCAGCAAAAACCUCUCCCCGCAUCACAUGCAUCCGCGUCUCAAUCCAAAAACCCCGACACACCCUCCUAUCUCCUCGCAUGGGUUCCAGAGUCCUCCCUUGGAGAAGCCUAUGAUACAUAUGUGAAAGUAGACCUUUCUGAAGGUGACUCUCCACCGCGCCAGAAGUACCUCGUUCCGCCGCUUCCGACCACCACCACCUACAAAGACCCCAUCGGGUUGUAUUCUUUUGCAGUUCCGCUAUCAGAGAUAUACUCGCUAUUAGUACGACCGCCGAGCCUGGGAUGGUGGUUUGGCAGUUUAGUGAUCAACACCCGAGCCGGCGAUGGCUUCCCCGCGCUAUUUUUCCAUGACAACGAAUGCGAGUCAACCAUCCUACAAAAGAGGAAGAAGGUCAAGGAAAACUUCGAUCCAUUUGGAAAGGAAGGGGGUUUGUUUUGGGGCGGUGAUGAGGUACUCCGCUGGUUGCGGAGGUAUGUGGAGGUUCAGCGCUCUGCGGUGGACACCAACGUCUACCUCAUUAACCCGUCGGAUGAGGACCAGCUGUCCUUCGGGCAGCCGGCCAUUCACGGCGAUACAUCCAUAUCAGCAAAGGCACAACCCGAAGCCGCCGCCGGAUCCCGAGCUGAACCGGCUGAUGCCAGCAUGGACCCAUUCAUGAAGACUCUCAAGGAAACACGGUGGAAAGUGCUGGAGCAGCUCAGCAAAAUCACAACUUUUACUCGUCGGACUGCCAAUGAGAUCGCAGAGAAUCCUCGCAUACCGCCUCAGAUGCGCCGCUUAAUGAAGAAUCCAGAGAUCCAGACGUUGCAAGACGAGUUCGACAGCGCCAGGGUCUAUCUGGCUCGUUGGGCGAUGAGUGUUGCCGAGCAGAGUGAUAAGGAGCGAAACCAGCGCAUAUGGACUGCGCAGGAUAUGCUGGAAAUGGAGAAUAGUUCGGUUGGCGACUUUGAGAUCUUAGAGCUGGAGACCGGGAACCUGGCUCUCCAGGAGCGACGCCGUGUUCUCCAACUGCAAGAAUGGGAAGGCUUCUUCGACCCGACCUCGGGUAGACUUCAAGUAACGGUGGAGGAGGUGAAGGAGCGGAUCUUCCAUGGCGGCUUGGAUCCCAAUGAUGGCGUCAGAAAGGAGGCAUGGCUCUUCCUUCUCGGUGUGUAUUCAUGGGAUAGCAGCCGCGAGGAGCGCCAAGCGAUGAUGAACUCUAAGCGUGAUGAAUAUAUCCGGCUGAAGGCAGGCUGGUGGGAGCGAAUGGUCGAGGGCAACUCGACGAUCGAGCAGUUUGAUAAUUGGAAAGAGCAGAAGAAUCGGAUAGAGAAGGAUGUUCACCGCACUGACCGUACCAUUCCUUUGUUUGCGGGCGAAGACAUCCCUCACCCGGAUCCUGAUUCUCCGUUCGCCGAAACAGGUACCAACGUGCACCUGGAGCAGAUGAAGGAUAUGCUCUUGACUUACAAUGAAUUCAACCCUGAUCUUGGAUACGUCCAAGGAAUGAGUGAUCUCCUGGCGCCGAUCUAUGCUGUGAUGCAAGAUGACGCCGUAGCUUUCUGGGCAUUUGUUGGGUUCAUGGAUCGAAUGGAACAUAACUUCCUCCGAGACCAGUCUGGAAUGCGUGGCCAACUAUUAGCACUAGAUAACCUCGUCCAGCUCAUGGACCCGCAGCUCUACUUGCAUCUACAGUCCGCCGACAGUACUAAUUUCUUCUUCUUCUUCCGCAUGUUGUUGGUGUGGUACAAACGGGAGUUUGACUGGAGCGAUGUCCUGCGUCUAUGGGAGACAUUGUGGACCGAUUAUUUCUCCAGCAGUUUCCACCUGUUCAUUGCGCUCGCCAUACUCGAGAAGCACCGAGACGUAAUCAUGGAUCAUCUCAAGCACUUUGAUGAAGUGCUGAAAUACAUCAACGAACUGUCUAACACGAUGGAUCUUGUACCCAUUCUCACCCGCGCCGAAUCUCUCUUCCACCGUUUCGAGCGUUCCGUGCAAGCUAUCGACAAGAAAGACAAUUUCCCCGCUGCUCCCGCCGCUCACCAGCGUCGCCCAGGCGCAACCGGUCAAGAUGCACCUUCAGGUAGCAAGGGAAAAUCACCCCAGCCUACUGUUGGAUCAAGCAGCGGAGUCAGCGCUGGCCCCUCUAAUCUCCAAAAGGCAAUCGACGCCGAUAAGCCGAAGGUGAUUUCCCCAGAGCUACGCGUAUUACUUCGAAAGGACAUCCCUUGGAAACGCCAACAGACUUCAUGA